AUGGUGUUACUAGACGGUCAAAAGCUCACAAAGGGUCUUGUCCCUCGCGACCCGAAGAACACGAAUGCACCAGGUCUCCAAGGCAAUAAGAAUGGACCCCCAGGUCUCCAAGGCAAUGGACCACCAGGUCUCAAAGGCAAUAAGAAUGGACCCCCAGGUCCUGCAGGAAACCAAAAGGGACCACCUACUGCAGCGCCGACUACCACAACCGAAGCUCCAACGACCCCACCCAUCCAAGUUCCUCCGCCAGAGUCGAUAGUAUCCUCAUUCUCUACUCCUUCACCAACUCCUCCUUCACCAACUCCUCCUUCACCAACUCCUCCUUCACCGACUCCUCCUUCGCCAACUCCCCCUUCACCAACUCCUCCUUCGCCAACUCCUCCUCCAGCUCCCAUCACGACCUCAACAUCAGAAAUCUCUCCUUCUUUUACGUCGCCUUCUGUAACUAGGACGUCCGUUGCACUCGCUCCAGCUUUAUAUUACCAAACGUCCCCCGUCACUUCCACGCCGUCUUUGGUGACAACAACAUUGCGGACAGCCUUCGUUGGUACCACCAGCUUCACUGCUCUGCCGACAGGGUUCGUUUCUUUUCCUCCCAAUACAGUUGCUGAGUUUCGUCAUAGUGCUUUAGGGCCAGGCCAGAAAGCUGGGAUUGCCGUUGGGACUAUUGGUGGGUUCAAAGCUUAA